UGUAUACUUCUAUCACAUGAUCUCAUGUGAUCAUGUCGUGACGAAAAAUUUGAUAAUCUAAUUAUAUCAAGUUGAAGUUUAAAAUAAAAUUAAAAAUUUUUAAAUAAUUUAAUUUUUUUUAUAAUUAAUUUUUUAUUGGAUGGAUCCAAAAUUCAACUCAACGAGUAAUCUAAUCCGAUCUGCAACGGGUUUCGGAAAACGAGUGGCGGCAGAGAGAAGUGGAGACAAGUAAAAAAAAAAGGCCGUUGCACUCGUUAACCAGUUAGCUAGAAAUGGGCAGUUCAUGUCACAGUGAGUAAAGCAAUCCGCAAGCUCAAUGAGACGGAGAUGAGAUAUGUCCCUCUACCUCUCAAUUAUGCCCACCUCAGCACCCUCCUUUCGCUUUGUGGUAGAGAGAGGAACUACCGACUCGGUUCUUCGAUCCACGCUGCUAUCAUUAAGAAUGCCAAUCAUUUUAGCUUCAAUAACCAUAACAGCAGUCUUCGUGAUAUCAUGGUUGUUUGGAAUGCUCUCCUGUCCAUGUACUCGAAAUGCGGCCAAUUAUUCGAUGCAGUGAAGAUUUUUGAUCGAAUGCAAAUGAGAGACUCUAUAUCCUGGAACUCGAUGAUUUCAGGUUGCUUGGUGAGGGAUGAGUUAGAGAUGGGAUUUGGAUACUUCAAACAAAUGCACGAGUACGAAAUUUUUCGAUAUGAUCGUGCAACUUUGACGACUAUUUUAUCAGCUUGUGCAGAACCUGAGCUCCUGUCUGUGAGCGCGAUGAUGCAUGCGUUGAUAAUUUCGAAUGGCUAUGAGCAGAAAAUUCCGGUGGGGAAUGCCUUGCUGACUGCUUACUUUAAAUGUGGGUGUCCAACUUCAGCACAUAAGGUGUUUGAUGGGAUGCAGGAAAGAAAUAUAGUUACAUGGACUGCGAUGGUCUCAGGACUUGCUCAGAGCCAGUUAUGCAAGGAGAGCUUGAUUUUAUUUAAAGAGAUGCGGCAUGCGAUGGAAGCUAACUCCUUGACCUACUCGAGCUCCCUGCUGGCUUGUUGUGGAUUGCGAGCCCUCAACGAAGGGCAACAGAUUCAUGGGCUUGUCAUCAAAUCUGGGCUUCACUUGGACUUGUGUGUUGAGAGUGCUCUAAUGGAUUUGUACUCAAAGUGUGGCAUAAUGGAAGAUGCACUUCUGAUCUUUAGGUCUCAUGAAGAACCCGACGAGGUUUUCUUGACUGUGAUUCUAGUAGGUUUUGCUCAGAAUGGAAUGGAAGAGAGAACUUUUAAGCUUUUUGCUGAAAUGGUGGGAGCAGGGAUUGAGAUUGAUGCGAAUAUGAUCUCGGCUGUUUUGGGGGCAUUUGGUGCCUCAGCACCAUUUGCCCUUGGGAAGCAAAUCCAUUCUAUGGUUGUUAAGAAGUCUUUGGGAUCAAAUGUUUUUGUGAGCAAUGGGCUCAUUAACAUGUACUCAAAGUGUGGCGAACUGAUGGAUUCUGUUAAAAUCUUCAGCCGAAUGGUUCAUCAGAAUUCAGUGUCAUGGAACUCUAUGAUUGCAGCUUUUGCUCGUCAUGGCCAUGGAUUUGAAGCACUUCAGCUCUAUGAAGAUAUGAAAUUGGAAGGCAUAGAGCCAACAGAUAUCACAUUUUUAUCAUUGCUUCAUGCUUGCAGCCAUGUGGGUUCUAUUGAAAAGGGUAUGGGGUUCUUGCAUUCGAUGUCAGUGGAUCAUGGGAUUAUCCCCAGGAUGGAGCAUUAUGCAUGUAUGGUAGACAUGUUGGGUCGUGCAGGUCUUCUGAAUGAUGCAAGAAGAUUCAUAGAAGAGUUGCCUGUAGAGCCUGGUCCUCUUCUUUGGCAGGCAUUGCUUGGUGCAUGUAGCAUUCAUGGUAAUUUGGAGAUGGGAAAAUAUGCAGCCCAGCACUUACUUCUUGUGGAACCAGAAUGCUCGGCAGCCUAUGUGCUGCUGGCUAACAUAUCUUCGUCAGAAGGAAGAUGGGCGGAGAGAGGUAGAAUUAUAAAGGAGAUGAAGGAGAGAGGAGUGAAGAAGGAUACAGGAAUGAGUUGGAUUGAGGUUGAGAAGGAAGUUCACAUCUUUGUCGUGGAGGACAGGAUCCAUCCUGAAGCUGAGAUUAUUUAUAAGGUAUUGGAUGAGUUGGUCGUUCUUAUCAGAGAUCAAGAGCAUUUGCCAGACUAGAGUUUUGUACUCUAUGACUUGGAAUUGUAGAGGUCAAGGUAGCUCAUGCAUUCAGAGUCAUAAAGAUACAGCAAGUAUGAAAUAAACAGAAAUUUGGAACAGAUGGACUCCUGGAUAUCCAGAAAAGCAAGUUGAAUCAGUAAGUAUGAGGAUGUUUCUCGUUUCUUUUUCAUCAAGGAAAACUUACAUCAAAAUGACAUUAAGUUAAUAUGACUGGACAGUAAACCACCAUCUAGCUGUAGUGUUUGGUUUAUAUUAGAUACCUUUUAACCACAGUAUCUGAAACAAUUGUAGGAAUGAUCUCUAGUUUUUAGAACAAGGGAUUAAAAGGGAACAUAUAGCUCAUUUUUUACUUGACAUGUACAACAACAUAUCUUGCAACUUCAGUGAAUGGAAAUUCUUAAUUUUUCUGUUCUGAAUUAAUAUCUAAGACAGUAUAACGCUUUCUACUUGUAUUAUUCCAAGAGAAAGAUGGAGUUGCUACUUAAAAAUCACAUUUUCUGUUGUUUUGCAAUUCCAUCCCCAAGAAAUAGCUGCAAAUUUGAUGUUUUUUUAUAGCUUGCAUAGGAUACCUUUUAAGCAAAAGAUUUUGGCAGCUCAAGAUAAGUGUUUUAAAGGAACUGCUCAUUAUUGUAGGAGAAUCCUUGGCUUUUCUGAAGUGAAAGUCAGAUAAAUCUGGCGCUUAAGAUCAAUUUGUUUGUAAAGAUUUAAUCAAGAAAGAAAUAGCCACUCAGCUAUGAAAUUGAACCUGUAAUCUCAAAGAAACACUAUAUCUAAAACAAGUUCAUGUUCGACUAGCUUAAGUCAUUCCAUGCAAGUCAUAUAAACUUCACUCUCAGAGUUCAUGCCAAAGAGAAGUUUCUUGGUCUGGUGAUUUGAAAUGCUUGCAGCCCAACUUCGUGAAUUGUAGAUAAUGAUUGGCAAGAGUUGAACUGAUUUCUUCUCAAUUUUCUUAUUGUACAAAAUCCUUUCUUCUCCACAUUAGUCAUUGUGAAGUGGAAGUGCUUAGACUCCCACAAUUCAAGUUCAACGGAAGUUUCUUAGCAUGGUGAUCGGAAGUGCUUGCACCACAACUUGACGUAUUGCAGGUAAUUAGAGGAAAAAGUGACUUAAUCUCUUCUUGUAUGGAUUGAUGCACAACAAUUAGUCAUUGUGAAUUCAUAGUUCAUUUGCAGUUUUCGUGAUAGUUUGUUUAGUAAUACAAAAGCAGGAGAGCCAUUCUAGAUGUUAAGUCUUCCAAAUUUUAUCAGAACAAGUGAAAGUUGCAUGGUUAGUUUAUGACAUUGAGAAAUGGUGUUGUGAAAAUUUCACUGAAAACGAUUCAUAUUUUUCAUUAAAAACAUAAAUGCGUGUCAUGAAGAAGGGCUUAUACUGCGAAACAAUCUUUGCCAUUGACUGUGCUAAGAUUCAAGAUUAGUUUGAAGAACAGAAAUUGUUCUAUGAUUCUGCAUCUGAUGAUUCAUCACCUUCUUUCAUUUUAUUUUGUCUUGAGGAUCCACUGUGAAUGGAAGCUAUGAUACUGCGAGCUGAUUAUGGUGCCUCUGGAGUCUUUGUCAUUCAGCAAUUCAGCUGCCACUUGAAGAAGAGCUGCAAACCCAAAUUCCUCCAUAAUUUCAAUGCCUGAAAUGAAAUGUAGUACACCUUAGACACAUUGGUUUCCACAGAUUUUUUUUUUAACUUUUUUUUAAUUUUAAGUUAUAUAGGAAUCCUAUUGACAAAUGCUUCUGUAUUUUAAACCACAACACCCAUGGAUUGUUUUUUUACUUUUAUAGCUUGAGCUUCACAAUAAACAGUAUAAACAGUUUUACC